AUGGGUCAAAAGAACUCAAAUAGUAAUACCACAUCUAGUAAUACCACGUCUAGUAACACACUUUCAGUGAAUGGUCAUGAUAUUCCCAUCUAUGAAAAUGAACAUCAUGAACCCAGUGAUCUUCCUCCGUCUUACAAUGAAGCAAUUCACACUCCUCUCUCCCAACAAGAACAACUUCUUGAAUCCAACCAACUCCCCCACCGACAACCGCAUCCCCAUCGAACCCAUCAGCACCAAAGUAUUCUGACCCUAAAUCUUGGGCAUGCUAGUGCCCAGUAUGGCCAAUCCAAUAAUCGUUACUCUUCAUCAGCAUCUCUGCUAGGUUCACCGUAUCCAGGAAGUUUCUUCCCAGGGUCGCCACCUCCACAACAAAACGUAACUAAUGCAAUAACUCCCCAGACACCUUGGAUAUAUCCUCUUGGUUUUCAAUGCUACAAAUGCCGAAAUACCGGCAUUAAAUUGAAGAAUGGCUUGCAAUGCAUAGAUUGCUGGAGGCAAUUUGCACCCUCUAGUAGCCAUGUGAGAAGAAUCACAACUGCUGCUAUAGAUAACAAAACAGGUAGGCCUUUAUUUUUAAAUGCUGGGGAUCCUAAAUUGGGUGGCAUGGUAUGUGGACUGUGUAGAGGGCAAGGUUACAUCGACAGCUUUUUGUAUUAUGAUACCUGUUUUGUGUGUGGAGGUAUAGGGAGAGUAGAAUUCAACUGA